GCUCAUGCGCGUUUAAAAGUGCUUCUAACUAUGUGAAGAUAUAAAGGUGAAAUAUGCUGGUGCAAAGUUGCUACUCACCCUCCCCUGGCUAGUAAUCAUUUGAAUCUCUUUGUUCGGCGGGAAGAAUACCGUUUCAAAGCCAAGAUGGCCAAAGAGCCAAGUAACCAAACUUCAGUUUUUCUAUCAAUUUAACUAUUGUUUCAACCAUUUUAUUGUGUUUUGAAUUACUGGGAAAAAACGCUUGAUUUCUUCAGCAGUUUUUAGUUCGAGUCUUUGUGUAAUUUUUAUUUGAAAAGGAUUUAAUUGUUAAAAAUAAGGUGCAUCUACAACAAAUGUGGAAUGUCCGAUGUUUGUGAAAUGUUCAACUCUCAAGAUGCUAAAGGGUGUAAGAGGAAGCAAGAUGUUACGAAUUUCGGAGCUGAGAAUGAAAUAAAUUCCUCUGAUAAGAAAAAACAACGCUUGAGUAUUGAUGAUUGUGGUGUCAUAAAUGAUCAGCAUGAAUUAAAAUGUGGUUUACCAUACAAUGGCUACUCUCAGCAAAAUUUAAGCAACACUAUUGAAAUAGAUGGUAUUAAUUUGCUUGAUUUAAAUGGUAGUGAGAUGCAUCUAAAGAAGAAUGUUGCUCAUGAAGAAUUGUCUGAACCAAUGGAUGACGUUGAUGUUCAAAAUAAUGAGGAAGUCACGACAUUUAAUGUUUCAUCAAAUGCUAAAUAUUGUCCUCAUGGUCAUCUCAAUACCUGUACAACUUACAAUGUACCAUGUCGUUAUCCAAGAAUGUAUUGUCAUCCUUCAGGAAUGCUUGAAGAUCAUUUGGCGAUUUAUCAUGGAUUUUGAAGAUAUUUGAUCAAACUGUUUAAAAUAAUCAGCAGCCUCAAAGUUGACCUUCAGAAAGUUGUCUACUGUUGAAUCCCGAAAUGAUAAUAAGAAUGCAAUCCUUGCAAUAUCCAUGUUUUUUAUAAUGGAUUCAUCAUUUGAGAGCUAUUUAAAAAAUAUGAGCAACAGACAUGAUUGCCAUAUUACUGAGCAGGUGGCUAAUACAAAUAACACACGGCGAUCGAUAUGCUGGGAAAUGACGUACGCCAACGCUUUUUAUAAGAAAUUUUUACCUGAGAAACAUUUAAACUCGACGAUGGUAGUAAAAGAAAAUGUUGGACCUCGUUUUAAAGGAAACAACAAUUUAGAAAAUCGUGUAAAAGAGACAAAAAGCAAUGGAAAUGCAAUUUCAACACCUGUAAUCAUUGGGAUUGUCGUGUUUUUGGUUGUUUUUACUUCGACAAUUACAAUAUUGAUGUUUAUGUUCUACCGACAACGAAGAUCAAAAAACAAGCAAUCGGAGAGCAGUCGGAAUACACCGCUACAUACUGUUAAACACAAUCCUCUCCGGGUGCAGACUUUAACGUAUCAGUUAACAACUACCAAACCAAUCACAGCUGCACCAGACUACAAUAAAUGUGGUUUGGAUCAAAGAAUUUCAAAAAGUGGUCACCGCUACAAGCAAAGCAGCACUCAUAUGAUUAAAUACAGUUCUAGCGAGGAUGAUGACGUCAACACUCAAACUGAUGAAUCUGACGAAAAAUAUGACUGUGGCUCGCCAAGGCGACGCAGGCAAAAUCGCCAUGAAGAACAACAAGUAAAUGGAGAAGAUGACAAAAGAGAUGCAAGUGUGAACGAAGACAACAACUACCCGUCUGGACACAUUGGUCGAAUAUGGUUCCUUCUUAGUUACCAGUCUUCCUCGAAAAUAUUGCAAGUAAAUAUUUUGAAGAUACGUCAUCUUGCCACAAGCCUAAGCGAUUCACGUCCAAACCCUCAAGUUCGACUUUAUCUUUUGCCGGACGACCGUUGUCAACAUCAAACCGCUGUAAAAAGCACUAAGAAUCCAGAUUUCGGCGAAGUUUUCAGCUUUGAAGUUGCCCGCAAUCACCUACACCAGCGUGUCCUGCGGUUGUCCGUCUACGAUAUGAGUAAAGGACGACGAGGCUCAUUAAUAGGACACGCGCAUUACCCACUCAAAAAUGAAAAAUUUGGCGAAGAGUUAUCAAGUGACUUGGAAAAACCUUCAGAGGAUGAAUCAAAAUUAGGAGUUCUUCAUGUAUCGCUGGCUCAUUAUCCUUUAUUGGAUAGAUUAACUGUGAUUGUGCUUCGAGCAACAAAGUUACCUUUAAAUAAAGGAAUUUUGAAUCCAGAUACCUAUGUUAAAGUGACGUUUUCCAAAGGGAACAAUAUAUUAAAAAUGAAAAAGACAAGCAUUCAACAUGACACAAUCGAGCCAUUCUACAACGAAACGUUUCAUUUAAACGUCUCCAGUGACGAUCUUCCUGUGUGCACAUUACUUUUUUCCGUGUAUCAACAAAGUAAAAGUGACGUCAAAGGAGAAGGAAAGUUCAUUGGUCGAGUUUUACUUGGUGGUAUGAUGUAUGCUCGUGGUAAAGAACUUCAACAUUGGAAUGACAUGAUAUGUCAACCACGUACAAUGGUGAAACAUGGCCAUUCAUUGGCAAAGUAAAUAAAUACAUAUGAUUACUGUAAUGCAAUUUGUAUCAAAAUAAUAUUGUGAACUCAUACUCCCUCCAGUUUAA